AUGUCCAAAAUUACAAAUGUCCCGGCAGGCUUCAGCUUCGUGCCCACGCGGCACGAUGACACCUACGAAUUCAUCAAUCCGCUCAAGGGAGAGGCUACCAACUUGAGAAUCUUGGUCACAGGGGCUAGUAAAGGCAUUGGGCGCGCAACAGUCAUCUCAUUCGCAAAGUCCGGCGCCUCAGCAAUCGCAUUACUGGCGCGCUCAGACCUCGACAGCGUCGCCCGAGAGGUUAUUGAAGCAGCGAAACAAGCCGGCCGCAAAGAGACGCCCAAGGUGCUUAAGCUGCGAGUCGACACGACGGAUGUCGCUGCCGUGGACAGAGCAAUGAAGACCGUGGAACAGGAGUUCGGCACGCUAGAUGUGGUCAUCAACAACGCUUCGAGGAUGGAGGCGUGGAAACCCAUUCACGAGACGGAUGUGCGAGACUGGUGGUCAACCUGGGAGGUGAACGUCAAGGGCACGUUUCUUGUCAGCCGUGCGGCGCUGCCGCUGCUGUUGAAGGGGAAGGAGAAGACGAUGGUAGUGAUUUCCAGCGCUGGAGGACUGACCACCUCGGCCGGGGGCAGUGCAUACCAAGGCACCAAGACGGCGCAGAUACGAUUCAACGAUUUCCUGAUGAAAGAAUAUGGCGAUCAGGGGUUACUGGCAUACGCAGUCCAUCCCGGUGGCGUGAAAACAGAGGUUGGAACCGCAAUGCCGGAGCACAUGCAUCACCUUCUGGUGGCGGAGCCGGAAUUACCCGCAGACACCCUGGUUUGGUUGACGCGGGAACGGAGAAAUUGGCUCGCCGGGAGAUACGUCAAUGCACCAUGGGAUAUGCAACAGCUUUGGGGUAAAAGGGAUGAGAUAGUCGAGAAGGAUCUGCUGAAGCUGAAACUGCAGGUCUGA